AGAGAAAAAAAAAGAAGAGCGACUGCCCCGACGCACGAGUCUCCUUGAUAAUUCCAGUUUCUUCUCGUCCAUGACCAUUCGGCCUCAAUAAUAUAUGAAUUACAUGGACAGCGAUAAGCAAGCCACGUCGUUGAACCCUUGUUCUUCACCAAGUGAUACCGACUCAGGCACUUCUCCUUCUUCUUCUUCUUCUUCCACACCAUACUUCAUGUCCUCCGAUCGAUCGCAACGGACAGCCUCGGUCGGUCUGACAGAAGUGACCACUUCGGCCGAAAUCACCAAUCCCCCUUGCUCCACUUCAUCUGCCAAACUUCGUAGCGUCCCGAUACCCCAACCAUUACUACUAAAACGACGCGCCAGUCGAUCCUCCAUGUCUUCGACCGACGACACCGCCACCGAGUCUCCGCGUUCCACAGCCGCAGCAAAAUCGUCCAAUGGACAUGCUGUCGUGCCUCCGCGUACCCACCAUACUCUUGCGUCGCCAUCCAGUCCUCACCAUGCGGGUGCUACGGUCACUCGUCCUUCGUUCGCCGAGUCUCAUUCACCGAGUCGUAAUAGCCCGCAACAAGAAUCGCCACUUGUCGUCACCAUGGAACUAGGAAGUAGCCCAAAAAACGGUCUGGAUAUUGUCACCGGUGCACGGACACUGCAUCAAGACUUGUCAUCCCAUACGCACGUAGCACCUGUCAACGAGUCACAUGGUCAUGCUCCUUCAAGUGAUGCUUCCUCGCCUCGUUACGCCAGUCCUCCCGCCGGUAGUGGAGGCAAGUAUAUGGUAAAAUCGAAACGAGCGAGCUGGAUUGAUGCCAGUGCAGGGUCCCCUUCAUCUAGCACUGCCGCAAGUCACUCGAGUGAUCCGCCAAUGACUUUUAGUUCAUCACCUACCAUGAGUUCGUCCUUGACAAGUUACAGAAAGGUGUCCAAUGCCGCCGACAGUCCCAAAUCGUCCGAUCCACACACGACCAGCGACCCACGAUUCCACAACAACCUUGAUUCGGAUACCUUGCAUAAAUCCGGCUCUUUAUCGCUUCUACGUGAAAAACGGUCAUCGUUUCCGAAACAACGAGAAAACUCCCUGGAAAGUGGCGUCCCUUCUUCUUCCUCUUCUACCGAACAUUCCGCAGGAGACCUCCAUUUACGACGCACGGUUCACACUUCACCUGUCGCAGCCGAAGGAGGUGCAUCGGAAGCCGAUGAACUGCUCGACAUUUCCACCAUGGUUAAUUAUUCCUUGACAGGUCGAAGACGACGAGCAGCUAACCCAUCGCCUUCCCUUCACCAUGAACGCACCUCUUCCAUUUCCUCCAACAUCACCGAAUCCAGCAUGACCAGCGAUGAUUACAAUUCGGCUUCUUCCUCUCCCCGCAUUGUCUAUUCCCCGCUUUCAGGAAGCCCUCUGCAAUACGCCAUGCCCAACGAUCGUGCACGAACGAAAUCAGCGGCUCAUUCAACGUCGUCUCCUCUUACAUCGCAUGCGGCGAUUCAUUCCACACCUCACACGCCAAAAUUGGGCCCCAACGUUCAACCGAAAACCCGCCGUCGCUCCUCCAUGAGCAUGCUUCGCACCAUUCCAAGUUCGGAACUCGCCAGCAUUGUUAGCGGCAACUCGCCUAAUCCGGUUAUUGAUGCUCCUCCGUCGGAGAUUUAUUCCCAUAAUACCGUCGACGCCGCCAGCUGGUCUACCAGUUCCGGCAGUCCGAAAAUGCCCGUCUAUCAAUCCGUCUUGCGACGUCAAAUGUCGACCAAGCAAAAGAUGCAGAAAAAGCUAUCCGGAGCCAGUACCACGGAUGGUGAAAUGAAUCCGCGCUCAGAAGCUGACAGAGAUGUGAUUGAACUUAGUCUGGACAGCGGUAUUUCCCGCAUCGAUGCCGUUGAUCCCCAACCCUCAGAAAGCAGCAAUACCUCCGGUCACCGUGACGAUCUGAACACCCCCGUCUAUCCCGCCCUGUUACUUGGCGCCGACCACAUGGCUUCCGAUACCCAUACGUCACUGCAUCCACGAUGGUAUGAUGGUCUAUCGAACACUUCUGCCCCACCCACCACCCGCAAAACUACGCAAGAGUCUCUUGAUUAUUUUUCCCAUUCGCUACCCACAAAAGACGAACAUCAAGAUGAACUUUAUCGUGCCAAAAAGGCGCCAUUCCCGACCACCCCGUCAUCGUUUUCGCUUCAACAGGUUCACGGCACGGACGAAGAGUAUGCGAAAAAGCUAUACUUGUCACGAUCCGCGAAAUUGAAACGAUGGUGUCAGCUAAAGAUUGAAAACGCCGAGGAUCGAAAAUCGAAACCAUCACCCGUAGAUGGUCAGGAACAAUCAUCGGCAUCGACUGAAUCUGAAAAUAAUGUCACGUCGCCACGAUCGACCACGCGCAUCUACAGAUACCCCGGUGAACAGUCGUCCAUGCCGACCAUUCUCGUGACGAUGGAUGAAGAUGAACACCGUUUACAAAAUAAUCAGGCCGUGGAAGCUUUGAAUGUGGUAAAUGAGGUUCCGUGGAUCGAUUGGUUGGAGGAAUAUAAAGUCGUAAAAGCCAAAGAAAUGCGUCGUCGAUCGUUUCAGCAAUCGAACUCCUCUUCAUCCAAAAGUCAGGAUCCUCCCAGUGAUGUAGAAACACUGGUCAAAGGGGUUCUUACCACUUGGUGGAAUGCCGUCAAAUUCAAUGCAGAGCAUUACACCACCACUUUGGACCGUCGCACCUCCAAAUCGUCUUCCUCUGUCACUCGUGUCGCCAAUGAUUGGAUCAAUGCCAAACUGCAUUCUCAGCGUGAUCGUUUCAAGAAAUCCGUCAUUGAUCGCGAGCGGCUCAAGAAACAGAGCGCCAAACGUCACAAGUACAAUUUAUCCCUCGAUCUCGCCGACAUUCAGCAGGAACUGUCGCGUAACGCCGGUCACAUUUGGGGAAGUGAUCAAAAGAUGCUUGAAAAGCCCAUGUUGCGACGAUGGUUCACCAGUCCGGUGGCCGAACUGAACUCCAUCCCUCCUUCGUCUUCGGCCGCGUUACCCAACGCGUCGUCGCCACCUUCUUCCAAUCACAGCUUGAAUACGGGUCCUCCUUCGCAAGCCAGUACCUCGUCCUUUGUGGGACAAUCGCCCGUGAAACUAUCAGCGACCAGUCGUUUUCCUUUGCAUGCCCAGCAUCACCGUGUCGGCUAUCAGUUUGAUAAUACGGGCAACCGCAUGGGCGCUUACGGUCGUCUCGGACGCAUUCUCGGCGGCUAUCACGAGGAAGAUGACCGAUCCCGUGGUCGUAUCCAACACACCAUCAAAUCGCGUUUGCAAUAUGCAAAAGACGCGUGUGAUGUGGAAUUGCGAAAAAUCAUUGACGGUUUGAACGAGUAUGUUGAACGAGGGUUGCAAUACGUGGAAGAUAUGCAUGAAAUUAUCGAGCAAGGUGUGCAAUCCGUAGGGAGUCAAGAUGACGAUACGGGCGACGAGUAUCGUGAGGAGGACUCGCUAGACCACAUCGACAAUGAACCUGUCGAUGAAUCGUACAGCCAGCCGUCCUACAACAACAGCGACCACCCGUUGGACAAGGGGUUGGAUGGUCAUGUCCCCAGCCGAUCGUUACCCGAUAUUGCUGAACAGGAAGAACCCGUGUUUGAAACGGGACCAUCGACAGAGAUGGCCAGUUUGCCGAGUAUGCCAGUAUCUGAUCCAAGCUUGGGCAUCCACCCAAUGGUCGAAGCCAUGUCAUCCGAGCCACUGACUUCCUCUGAAGACACCGGCAUCAACAACAUGGUGACACUGAUUUCCGAGGAUUCUUACCUUCCGACGCCUUUUAUUCUAACUCUGCAGGAUCUAAUUUCGUUGGCGCAAAAUAUUUUGGAUACCCCAUUGGACUCGAUUUUGGAUAGUUCCGGAGCGUGUGCCAUGACGGUGUCGGAGAUUCAGGCAAUUGGCAGUCGAUGGGAUGCCCACCCUGAAUGGCCCUGUCGAGAAUGGUAUGUGCGCCUUUUACUCAGCAUGGCCGCCUUGAAUCGCGUUGUGGAAUGGUGGGAAGUCGAACGCGGUUUCUGGAACGCCUGCAGCAGUGCUCCGGUGACAGUACCUCCCAGUGACACCGAAGCCACCGAUACAGAAUCGUUGGGCGGUGUAUCGAGAGCUAGUGAUGCGGAAAUGGCUGCUUAUUGCUCUGACGCUUCAAAACGAUUACCUCAAGAUGUCAAAUCUCCUGUGUGCGAGGAGGGCGAGGAAUUGCAUACAUCAGAAGAUCAAGGAUUGGAAGAAGCCGCUUCACGCAGUCAAAACAGUACCAUUAUCAUUGAAUUGACCCUAGGCACCACCGUAGUUCAGUAUGUGAGUCCAGUAUGGUCGCAAGUCGUUGGUACCGAUCCCCAAUCGGUUUUAGGCACCAAUAUUGCUCAUUUGCUGCUGGGAGAUGACAAGAACGUGUUUGAGGUAGCGACGGAAGAAUUGUUGACGGACGAUUCACGUACGGUGGAAAUCCGAUUUACCAUGUCCGUGACAGACGCUGGGUCGAUGGAAAUGGAUGCCAAGGGCAUGCUGAUGUAUAACCGUGUGACGAGCGAGCCCAGUCAUACCAUGUGGGUGAUUAAACCGGUGGCCAAUCGUCGAUGGAACGUCAUGGAUCAUGCCUUGACAACGAAUUCGCUUGUCCAUGAUGUGACGGUGCGCGGAAUCGAUGAACAAGACCCCUCGAUGAUGGGUGAUCAAGAAAAGUCGAGUUUGCGUCUGCGGUCACUGUCCUUGCCGGCCAUUGAAAAAUCCGACUUUGAAAUCCACUCCCCUGAAGAGGACGACGAGGCCGCCAUGGCAACCCAAGAUACUGGCAAUGCCGUCACGCCUGCUAGCUUGAUGGCGCUACCGCCUGUCCUGUGUCACAUUUGUGAACGAUGGGUAGUGGCGGCUUUUUUCGAACAGCAUUCGGAAUUGUGUGUGGAAAUCCAUCAAUGUGAAAUGGAUGUGAACAACUGCAACGAUAAUCUGCGUGAAAUCAAACACCAUGUUCAUGAAUACUGUGAAACACUAAAAGAUGACAUUGCACGAUUAUCAGACAAAAAGACCGCUUCGAAUGCCACGGCAACAACGAUGACUGACGUGGCCGUCUCGCCUCCAAUACAUCCUUCCGUUGUCAAGCCAAUCGAAUCUGUUUCUGAUGAUGCUUUCCCCGAGGCGGACGAGACCGACCCUGUCGACAACAAAUUGGUGGAAUUGGAAGCGAAUAAAGACAUUUUGGAAAUCCUCGAUACGGCGCUUAGUAUUUCCACCCCCGGCAGUACGGCAGAUGAGUCGAAUGCGACCGAUGCACAGUGGGAUACAGAAGGGGCGGAUGAAGACAAUGCGCUAGCCAAAUCAGUGCGGUCGUUGCAGUCACCACGGUCCCAGGAUAAAAUGGUGCAAAUCGUGUAUUGGCGACCUCCGGUGACAGAUGAUCCCGACACGUUGGCGUUGAUUCGCGAUGUGGAAAAGAUGACACGUACCAAGGUGGAUGCCGUCAACCGUAUGCGUGAUCGUCUGGAGUACAAUGAACGUGCACGACAGGAUUUCCAACGGAUCAUGCAGCAAGAAGUAGGCUGGACAGAAUUUGUGCCUUCCACGACCUCGGAAGAAAACCUAGCCAAUGUCGUGCCAGAGUUGUCAAAAGAAGAACCAGACAAGCCAACCGAAACCAUGCCUGCAGAACCGGUGCCUCCACGCAAAGGCUUACUGGGACGAUUGAAAUCAUGGCGUUCAAAAAGCGCCAUGGGCCGGUUUGCACGACGCUACAAAAAGAGUGUGGCCGAUGUUUCAUCCGAUUGCGCGACGCCUAUUGUGGAGAUGGAAACCAUCGACACGCCCAUGGCCUCGCCUGGCCUUCGACCACGUUCGUCCAGUCAAAUGAAAGAAUUGGCCAUGCCGUCGGGAACCAAUACACCCAACAGUAUCGCUAUAGGCAAAUCGCCCUUGUCACCUUUACAUGCGCCCAUUCCAUCGGGGCGAGCAACUCUGCCUGGUAUCAAGGACUUUGACAUUAUCAAACCUAUUAGCAAGGGAGCUUUCGGUUCCGUGUUCCUGGCCAAAAAACGCACCACCGGCGAUUACUACGCUAUCAAGUUUCUCAAGAAAUCGGAUAUGAUUGCCAAGAAUCAAGUGACCAAUGUCAAGGCGGAGCGAAUGAUUCUCAUGACGCAAACCGAUAGUCCUUUUGUAACACGACUCUACUACACCUUUCAGUCCAAAGAUUAUCUGUAUCUCGUGAUGGAAUACUUGAAUGGAGGUGAUUGCUCGUCGCUUGUCAAGGUCCUUGGUAGCCUCCCGGAAGAUUGGGCACGCAAUUAUCUUGCCGAAGUGACUCUCGGCCUCGAGUAUUUGGAAAGCAAGAAUGUGAUUCAUCGGGAUCUGAAACCUGAUAAUUUAUUGAUUGAUCACAAUGGUCAUUUAAAGUUGACCGAUUUUGGAUUAUCACGGAUCGGUUUCUUGGAUCGACGAGUCCGCGACGAAUUGACUACGGGUGGGUAUCCACGCGACCCACCUUUGCCGACGUCGCCCAUGCCUUCACCUACGGGUACUUCCCCGCCUUCGGUGGUCCAGGGGAACACUUCCGAACAAGCCGCCAGUCCUGAUCAGGGCCCCACGUCGACGUUGUACCGACAUUCCUACUUUAGCUUUUUGUUCGACCGAGAUCGUCGAGGGUCAGCCACCAGUUCGAUUUCGACGGACCACAGUAUGUCCGAAGGCAUACAUGCGACGUUGGAAACGAGCUCAUCGACUCCGCGAAGCAGCAGCGCCCUUGCCGGCCACGGUCAUCGUAGCAGUGGACACCCGGAGAUCAGCCCUUUUGGUUUAUCGACCUCUGGAUUCAUGCACAGUGAACGGUUCUCCAAAGAACAGAAUGACUCGGCUUGCCGUGCCGUCGGUACCCCGGAUUACCUUGCUCCAGAAAGCAUUCUAGGCACCGGCGAUGACUCGAUGGUGGAUUGGUGGGCGCUGGGUGUUAUUUGUUACGAGUUUUUGUACGGCUAUCCCCCCUUUCAUGCAGAAACUCCCGACAAGGUGUUUGAGAAUAUUUUAUCUCGUCGAAUCGACUGGCAUGAAGAUGAAGUGGAGGUGUCAUGUGAAGCGCGUGAUUUCAUGGAACGGUUAAUGACGCUGGACCCCGAGAAACGACUUGGUUUCAACGGAGCGCAAGAAGUCAAGAACCAUCCAUUUUUCAGGGAAAUUCAAUGGGAUACGCUGCUAAGUGAUGCUCCUUCGUUUGUUCCACAACCGGUCGAUAUGGAGGAUACCGAUUACUUCGAUGCGAGAGGAGCGACGAUGAUGCCGCCUGUCGCAGACGAGUCGAAUUUGGACGAAGUAGCCAAAGCUCAGGUGGAAAGAGCCAAAGCGAUUAUCCAAGAACAAAAUCCUGAAACUGUCAAGGCGAUGGAACCGAUCCUGGAUCGGUCCAAAGAAGCCGACACCAAAACAGAGGAUACGAGUGAAGCUGAUUUUGGCACGUUUACAUAUAAAAACUUACCCGUGUUGGAGAAGGCCAAUGAGGACAUGAUUCGAAAAAUACGCCACGACAGUAUCUCAGCGGUGAGUGCUGGUCAUGAACUUACGCCGCCGACGAAAACGUCCCCUGCCAAUCUGCGGAACAAACGCAAUUCUGUGCUGGAUUCCGCGAGCUCGACUCCUUCCGGCAGUCUCUCUCCGGGUUUGAAUUUCAUGACGCCAUUAAUGAUGUCGCCUUCCACUUCCACACGCACCAAAAUGUCCAACAGCACACGUCCGUCCCUGGAUGGACCGCAACGAACAACACCACCGAAACUCUCUGACAAAAUGAUCCAGCGAGAACCGCUCACACGUUCACGAUCGUCUUCACUUCCCGGUAACCCUCUUGACCUUCAUCAAGCCACCGCCGCGACGCAAGCGAAAUCACCACUAGAGCCAGAUACCAAGCUAUCGCAAGAUGCGACCGGCACCGGUUCUGGCGAUGGUAGUUCGGUUUCGAAAGCGAGAUCAUUGGAUUGUUUGGUAGUCGAUGAUAAUCCUAUCAGUUGCAAGAUUCUUGAAACGAUUUUACAAAUGCUCCACCAUCGGUGCAUUAUUCUUCGUAACGGUGCUCAAGCGAUCCGGUCUGCCAUGAGUGAUGUGAAAUUCGACAUCAUUUUUAUGGAUAUCCGUAUGCCAAUCAUUGAUGGUGAAACAGCGGCACGUAUGAUCAAAUCCACCAACAAUGUGAAUCGAACGACGCCCAUCAUUGCUGUUACGGCAUAUGAGCGCACGGUUCAGUUGGCGGGAGCAUUUGAUGAUAUUCUCGGCAAACCUGUAACGAAGGAUGUGAUUCAGCAUUGUCUCGCUCGCUUUUGCGACUGCAAAGAAGAACCCAGUCAUUUUUGUCCUGUAAUAAGCACAUCCUCGUCUCGCAAAUCCAUCCCAUCCAACAACAACAACAACAACAUGCUCUCCACCUAGACCUAGCAACAUUGCAUCUUCUUUAUAUUUUUCCAUUUCUUUUUGUAGCUCCUUUUAUAUGCAUUAUCCCUUCCAUUCACAUAUUCAAUUCCAUCCAAGCAUUCCAUGAAGCAAGAGAAGAAAGAACUCCAAAAUCCAACUCAAAGAGUCGUAUGAUUCCUGUAAACCUCUCAUCCGCAUCAUUUGUCGCAAAAAGCUCCAUUGACAAAUAAAAUCAAGAUGGUUCUUUCUCCAAAC